AUGAGCGAGGCGACUCGGGUGUGUUCGGGCUACUACAGCCUCAACCACAGCUUCGUGGAACCCUUCGAGUGCCCGCGGAGCGGCGAGGGGGCCGCCCUGCUCUACUGCUGCGGCUUCGCCGACCUCAAGUACUGCUGCAGCGAGCCGGGCAGCUACUUCCCCUACAAGCACAGCUAUAUGUGGAGCCUCAGCAUCGGUGCCCUGGUUGGACUGGGAACUGCUGCCCUGGUUCUACUUGCCUUUGUCGUCAGCGUCUGUGUCCUUUGCUACUUAUUCCUGUCGACAAAGCCUCAAAGGUUAGACACUGGCCUUAAACUUCAGCACCUCGAGGCGUCUUCCACUCAAGAAGGGAACCCAAGUAGGAAAACCAAAGCCCCCAAUUCAAAUGCAGCAUCAAAUUCAACAAUGGAAACGUCCUAUGAAGCUGAUGAUGUAAUUCAAGAUCCAAAAAUGGAUACAACACAAAUCAAAACUGUGUAUUAUUAAAAAGCCUGUGUUGCAAAAGCUCACUGGAGAGAUGGAGCAAU